AUGGGUAUACAAUUGCUCACCUGUAUUUUAGCAUGUAUUAUUUUAACCCCCAAUGUGUUAGCCUUCCGUAACGGGAGGAUUAUGAAAAUGCACAAUUCGAUGAAAGUUAAUUUUAAACAAUGGGGAUACGUAGGAGAUACGAAAGGUAGAUGGGACACUGGGGUAUCGGGGGGAAAGUUAUUUUAUUCUGUGAACAAAACAUCAAGGACAAAUGCUAAAAUUAGACACAGCCACGUACACAUGUCCUUGAAAGAAAAAAUGAAUUUCACUUUUCAAGGAGAAAGUGACAUUACGCUGUUGGACAAACUGAUUGCCUCCACUAGUUAUAUUCUUCCCUUCAUAGAUGCUAUUCAGGCUUUUGUAAUGCCACUCGUAAAUAUGCUCCCACCGUCGCUACACAAGUACCUCUUCCAAAUCGAGAAACUAAACCAGAUGUACUCGUCCAUUCCCUUUCUAUCCUUUGGCACCUUCAUGGGUCUGUACUUCCUCUUCGUCAAAGAGAACCGCUUCAAGUUUCAUUACUUCAUUAGGUAUCACCAUAUGCAGAGCUUAAUAUUAUCCAUGUUCGGCUAUGCGUUGGCUUUGUUUUAUUUCCGCGUUUUCCCCUACUCCUACAACGACACGGACAUUUUCAAUUUGACAAUUUUGUACUCCACCAUGUCCAUCUACUUUGGUUCCUUGCUCAUUCCGUUCCUCUCUUCUCUGCUUGGAUACUAUAUCGAAAUACCAGUCAUAUCCGACGCGAUUAAACUACACAUAGGCGAAAAGAAAAAAAACGAGUGA